UUGUUGUUCGCGCGCCCUUCCUCUCAGUCAAAACCAAGACCACAUUCAUUCAUCUCCAAACCCCCCACCACCACCACCACCGCGGCCGCCGCCACAGCCACACUCAUGAUCGCGUCUUACCCUGCUCCGUCACCCACCUUCCUCCUCCCACAGUCGCCGCCGCCACCAACGGCUGAUUCAAAUUCCAAACUCCCCAUUGAUUUCAGCCCUCCCUUGAUAGCCAUAAUCAUCAUCAUCGCCACCGCCUUCGUUAUCGUCACCUACUCUCGCCACAUCUCCCGUUACCUCAUUAACCUCCGCCGCCGCUGGCGUCGUCGUCGGCGGCGGCGGCGCUUCCUCCGAUCCUACGCCCCGUCCUCUGCCGGCGACAUCGAGUCUCCUCCUUACAACGCCUCGUCCUUCGACCCGACCGACGCCUUCCACGUCUUCUCUCCCUUCGGACUCGACGACUCCGUCAUCAAAACAAUCCCUCUCUCAAUCCACACCAGGAAGAGCAGCGUUCACGACUGUGCCGUUUGUCUUCUCGAGUUCGAAGACAACGACUACGUCCGUACGCUUCCGGUUUGUUACCACGCGUUUCACGUUGAUUGCAUCGACAUAUGGCUCAAAUCGCACGCGAAUUGUCCUCUCUGCCGCGCCGGAAUAUUCCGCCCCGAAUCUCCUUUCGUGCCGGUGAUGGCCGCCAGAAUCAGACCUAGCCUCGACGACGUGAUCGUCGAGAGCACAUUUCUGGAGACAUUGGAGGAAGUUCCGCCGGAAUCUGAAACCACGGUGGGAGAGAUCACGCAGGAGCCUUCGCCGAGAUUGAAUCAAUCAGAGGAUCAAUUCGGCGGUCGUGAUUUCAUGUUAAAACGGUCCUACUCGUUCGGAUUCGAACGGAAUUUAGGGUCGGAGAGAUUAGUUCUGGAGGCGGCGACGGCGUCACCGUGGAAGUACCGCCGGGGAGGAAGCUUCUGGAGCAAAAGGCCCUCUCCAUUUAGUUCACUGACGAAACCAAGAGUCUUUUCAUUCCGACACUACAGAGGGAUGAAAUCGCCAUUUUUCAGGCGGCGAAGUGGAGGAGGACUGUUUCCAAUGUCGGAGUCAAGCGUGAUCAGGUACGCCGGCGGAGGAGGGAGCUCGUCGCGGCGGAGCAAGUCGUUUGCGAGCCCGAUGUUCAUGAGAUCGGCGGUUGGGCAGUUCUCAUCGAGCAGGCUGAGGAGCGGUGAUCCGGAGGCGUUGCUGUCGCCGGAGAGAUUUAACAGGCGCUGAUAGACCAUCUGAGGUUGGAACGGACAGUGGAAAAAAGUUGGAUGAGGGGCGGCGGCGGCGGUGGUGGUGGUGGGGGAUGGGGUCGGGUGCUUUAAUGGAGGGUAUCAUGCUUGAAAUUAAUGGGGGAAUUCAGUGGCUAAUUUUUGUAAGGCGGUCAUUGAAUUGUGGUUGGUGGUGAUGAGAGUUGGGAAAGGGCAUUGAAUGAAUGAAACGUUGAAGGAAAGUGAUAGCCUGAUGGAGAGUCAACACAGUACCCCAUCCCUCUGUCUCUUCUUUGUAUCUCUUUAUAGAAGCAGUAACACUUAUUUUUGCAGAUGUGAGAUACUUUUUUUCGUCAAUUUGUAAUUUAAAAGUAAGAACUGCAUAAUAUUACUUUAAAAAUUUUGUGGUUACAUAUAUUACUAUGAGAAUGUAUAAAUUAUUUAUAAUUUUA